AUGGCAACCCCAUGGCCCCAGGAGCAAACAUGGCCAACGCACCAUCGAGAGCAUGCCACUCAACUUAGCAGACACCUUCAGACAGCACUCAAAUCAAUCGACACCGCAAACGAACACCCCCUUGACCCGAAAGCCGUGAGACUCACUCUCAUUACCACCAUCGCCCUACUGGCCAAAUUACAGAAAUUACCCAAGCUCGGACACCUCCACCAAGCUAUUGAGAGUCUACGUACAGAAAACAAGACAGCCAACGAGAGCAACAUCCGCAAAUCGAGAACCAUCAGGAUUACUAUGCAGCAGAAUACGGCCGAACUGAAGGAAAACACCAACACAACGCGCGCAGCCAGCGCGGCUACCAAGGAGGCUUGGAAAGCCAGCGAGCUAGCAGUCAAGGUCGUGAAGGAUAUCAAAGCACUGGAGCCGAUGAAUCAGGGAAACACCGUGCAGUCAUAUACCAGCAGAGCGUCCCAGACCCAGAUUCUACGUGAAAUCAUAAUGAACAUUAGAGACCCUAUCACCAUUACCAGCAUAAGAGCCAUAAACCCCCGUAGCCUCAAGGCGCACGUAGACCGCGCCAUCGAACAAAGCAGCAACGAGCAUAUCCACAAGCUCAAGACCGUGUCCGCCAAUCAACUCAAGAGCGGCGACCUGAGCGUCAAGACAGCAACGACGAAAGACAUGGAGGCCCUCCGGCAGUUUGCCGAGGACUGGCAAAACCACAUCGGCAACGGAGCCGCCGUGAGGAUUCCAACCUACGGAGUGCUGGCGCACGGCAUCAGAACCAGCUCCAUGAACAUGGACCGCUUCACAGAAAUCAGAGACGACCUGCUGCAGGACAACAAAGCAUUCAUCCCCAGAGCAGACAUUAAGUGUUCCAAUGCGAGCGAUACGAUAGACAGUGCCGUCUGA